UUUACAGUCAACUAAAAACAUUUUCUUCAUUUAUAAGGGAAUAAUUACAACUUGUUCAACAUGGACUUCAGCAAUGCAGAUAAGAUGCCAGAUGAGGACAAACUUGAAAAAGCAAAACAAUUUAAACAAGAAGGAAAUGAUGCAUAUAAGAAUAAGAAUUACAAACUGGCUAUUGGGAAAUAUCACAGGGCUCUGUUACAUUUGAAAGGGAUUGGACAGUUACAGGGGGCAAUGCCAGGGGGGAUUGGGUCAUUAUUCAAUGGAGAUAUGAUCCAAGGUAUGGGUGAUGCCAGUCGACACGGGGCAUUGGAUCCAAAGCUGAUGUCUGAAGUUGUUGAUCUUAAAACUGACUGUUACAAUAAUCUUGCUGCAUGUCUACUUCAGCAGGAGACUCCUAACUAUGAAAAGAUUAUACAGUACUGUGAUUACGUACUAGAAGGUGUACCCACCAAUGUGAAGGCGAUAUACAGAAAAGGCAUGUCCCUGUUCCACUUGAAAGACUAUGAUAAAGCUAUUGAAACUUUGAAGGAAGCACACACAGAUCCUUCCAUCCAAAAAUAUAUAAUUAAAAGCAGGAAAGAACUGGAUGAGCAAGAGAAAAAUAUGAAAAAAGCUUUGUCUGGGAUGUUUAACAGCAAACAGACGGACAGCAAAGUGAAAGAUACAGCUGAUACCUAGUGACAUUGGAAUUUGCAUUAAUACUGAUCUCCCAGUGCUUUCAGUGCAAUCUUUAUGUCAGUAUAUCCAUCCGUCGGCAUAGUUUAAAGUGGCUGUAUCAAAGUUGCUUAAUAGUCAGAAUAGUUUAUCAUUCUUUGCGUUAAAAUGUAGAGAUUGUAUCUUGUACAACAUGCACAUGAAAUAAUUUCAUUACUGGAAAAAAAGAAAGAAAAGAGUAUUCAUUGUGAAAUCUUUAGAGGGUGGGUGUUUAGUUAAGCACAUGACAUAACAGCUAUCAUAUACAUGUACGGUAUAUGUUUUCUUCCUGUAAUUGAAGAACUGACUGUUGUUUCGUUACAUAUACAGCGUAGAUUUUUCUUUUAAUAAAUGUUCAAUUUUUACCUCAAAUUCUUAAGGAAGCCACUUAGAAUAUUUAUGCCAAGUAACAUCACAUUAUAAUUUUUAUUUUCUCAGGGAAUUGUAGUUACUUAUUACAAAUAAAUGUAAAAAAUAUGGCAAUUGCGAUUAUGAUAAUGCACAUUUAAGCUUUUAUUGUCAGAAAGUUGAGGUUUGUCAGAUAUAUUUCAUAGUAUAUUAGUAACAGAGUGAAUAAAGCAAUUAGUGUGGUUACUGGACCUUGUAUAUUAUUUGACAAAGUUCGAAUUUGACCAUAAUUGUAGAUUGAAUCUUAAAAUGUAAUUAGUUUAGUAUGUAAUGGUGCAUAAAAUGUGCAGAAUUUCAAUCGUGGGUUCUCUUCUUCAGUGCCUUAGUUUCUUUUCUUUUUUUCUCAGUGAACAUGAUGAUUUUUUUAGGUGACAGUAUAGAGAAAAAUGUAAAAUGUUUGUCUUCUGUGAAGGUUUAAAAAGAAAAUGUGAUCUGUUUGGAUUAAAACAUGAUUUCGUGACAUCUGGAGUGGUACACAAGGCUCGGAUCCAGGUGAUGAGUGUUCAGACCAUCCCUCGAACUUUGAUGCAUCAUAGAAAUCCUUUAAAAUAAAAAUGUACUUUGGAAUACUGUAAGUGCUAUUUUUGGAUGUUGCACCCCACCCUAGAAAUAUCCUGCAUCUGUUUCUUUACAUAGUGUACAGUAAUUCAUGUGACUGUCAUCAGUGGCUGAACUGUCAUCAACAGUUGUUAAACAGAUCAAAAAAGAAAAUCAGUAGCAAGCAUAUACAUUUAUUAAUUUCUGUUAUUUGAUAUUAAAUUAUUUUAUUUUGCAAAAAUUAUUCAUGCAGUGUUUACUUACUCUGUUUUGAGUGAUGAAAUGAUAUAUUUCAAGGUACAUUAAACUAUAAUCUUUUUACUUAACUGACAGGGUACCUUUUACCUCUUUUCUUUCUUAUUUUUUUGCUUUGUUUUCAAGUUUUGGUUACUAGCAGUUAUAAGCAGACUCCAACUUUAAAAACAAUGAGCCCCUCUACUGCAUGUUUGUUUGUUUGCGUAUCCCAACAGUAUUGUCAUUCUGUGUCACACUAUGUACAUAAAUCAACUCAUCCAUUUAUCCAUAUUUUUGUCCAUCCAUUCAACUAUCCUCAAUUAUGGUGGAAAGAAAUAAAGGAUCACACAGAUAGCAACAAGAAAUAAUGACUGCAUCAAAAAUCAAUUCAUAUUGUCAG